GCUUCCGCCAGCCGCUGCGCUGGAUCCUCGGGCAUGUGGCAGAGGCAAGUCCGUACAUUGCUGACCUGGUGGUGUUCAAUUUGCUGCAGAGCACCAUGCUGGAGAUGAAGGCGCAGAUGCGGUACUCCAAGGCACUGCAGAAGGCUUUCAUGGACAAGGGCAAGCUACACUUUGUAGAGGCAGAGUUGCAGGGCGUGCCGGAGCCGCUAAAGAAGCAGUGGGCCGGGAUGGGCCAGAUGCUGAGCCCAAAAGAAGAGAAGCACCGCGAAAGCCGCGUCUGGACCAUGCCGGAGAUGGAGUGCGACCCCUCUUCGGCCUUCUUCGGGUUUAUGGGCGUCACCUCCGCCCUGGUCUUCGCGAACCUGGGGGCGGCCUAUGGCACGGCGAAAUCCGGGGUUGGGAUCGCCUCUAUGGGAGUCAUGCGCCCGGACAUGAGCCAUGGCAAGUACCAGACAUGGAUCAUGAAGUCCAUCAUUCCCGUGGUCAUGGCAGGUGUCUUGGGCAUCUAUGGGCUCAUCACGGCGGUGAUUAUCAACGGCAAGAUGGACGCCGCCAACUACUCAGCCUACUCGGGCUACGCCCACCUAGGCGCCGGCCUCACGGUGGGCAUGAGCUCCCUGGCCGCGGGGCUGGCCAUUGGCAUCGUGGGGGAUGCCGGGGUCAGGGCCAACGCGCAGCAGCCCCGGCUCUUCGUGGGCAUGCCGGGGCGCCCAGCGUGA